AGAGUGUGCAAGGUGUUUGACGGGAGUAGGCUGAUCCUCUCCGCCAAGGUGUGUGGGGAAAACUUUUUUUCGGUGAUUAAAAUUGCUUGAGAAGUAUCUCAUCACUUUGAACAGCUUUUUUGUUUUUUUUUCUUUCUCGAUAGUGUGUGUUAUAUCAACACGGUUACUGUACAAAGAGUAAGCAAACCGAUUGUGGUGUGAUUUACUAAGAAGUGAAUUGACACCAAGUUUGUGAAAAAGUGUUUUUUAGGUGAAGUAUCCACCCGCAGCAGGAGAUAAUAUGCUGUUAACUUGGGCAAAUCCGCCUUCCCUCCGGUUGAAAUCACUGAAAUGCACAGCAAUGUGACCCAUCUGCGGCAUCCAUGGCGGCCCUUGUCCUUCGCGAAAGCUAAAACGAAAAUCAAAUCGAAAAACACGCAGCUAACCGUGUGACGAGUGUUGUCCUUUUAGUGCAAGUGGAAAUACCCAAUACCCGGUAAUUUGAAUAAAAGAGAAAAAAGAAAGAAAGAUUGAUUUCUACAAAGAGGCCCUGGAAUUAACUGGAGACGUCCAAAAAUUCUUGUUAGUUUUUUGGACGAUGGGGGCUUUGCAAGGCGAUGGGGGCGUCGCCCCCCUCACGCGGCUGCUCCUCCUCGGCGCCCUCUGCGUGGGCAUCGCACACGCGGGCAACUGGAUGUACCUGGGCGUGGUGGGCGUGACGCCGAUGUUGCCCCAGGGCGACCAGGAAGUGCAGAACGUCAGCACGUCGUCAGCAGUGAGCAUCUGUCAGCACCUGCCGGGGCUAGUGCAGCAGCAGGUGGCCGUGUGCCAGAGCAACCCCGACACCAUCAAGAGCGUGAGCGCCGGCGCCCGCAGAGGCAUCAACGAGUGCCAGUACCAGUUUCGCAACGAGCGCUGGAACUGCACGACGGGCGUGGACCUCGACGUGCCCUUCGGGUACACGCUUAAGCGAGGGAGCAAAGAAACCGCCUUCAUCUACGCGGUGACUUCUGCAGGAGUCGUCCACGCGGUGACCCAAGCCUGCUCCUCGGGGAACCUCACCGACUGCUCCUGCGACAUGAGCAAGCAGGGCCUGUCCACGCCCGAGGGAUGGAAGUGGGGCGGAUGCAGCGACAACCUCCGCUUCGGCAUCCAGUUCGCCCGGCAGUUCGUCGACGCCCCCGAGAAGGAGAGCCACAAGAAAUUCAAGAGGGUGAGGAACCUGAUGAAUCUCCACAACAAUGAAGCUGGCAGGGAGGCAAUUUCAAGACUGAUGAAGAUGCAGUGUCGGUGCCACGGCGUCUCGGGGUCGUGCGAGCUGAAGACCUGCUGGCGGUCGAUCCCCACCUUCUCCGCGGUCGGCGACUACCUGAAGGACAAGUACAACGGCGCCAGGCAGUACAAGCGCAAGAAGAGGAGCCGCAGCUCGCGAAGGCGAGACCGAUCCCGCGGCCGCCGCAAGCGCCGCAGUCGCCGGAACCGCCGCUUCCCCGUCGGCAAGGACGAGCUGGUCCACAUCCACAAAUCCCCGAACUACUGCGUGAAGGACCCCAAGAAGGGCAUCCUGGGGACGCACGGACGCUACUGCAACAAGACCUCGCGGGGCGCCGACUCGUGCGACCUCCUGUGCUGCGGCCGAGGCUACAACACGCAGGUGGUGCGAUACGUGGAGCGCUGCCACUGCAAGUUCGUGUGGUGUUGUUACGUCAAGUGCAAGACGUGCGUCACCAACGUCGAUGUCCACACUUGCAAGUAAUGCUGCAGGCAUAGCAUUACGCCAACGGCAAGCAUCCUGUAGUACAUAAGGAAGAAGAUCCGUCAUCGAUAUCAAAAUCUACCCUUCAAAAACAUCCCAAGAAGAGAAGCUGUCUGGAGGUGAAGAGAAGGUGCUUCGCGGAGUCCAUUUUUCUGUCGUCUCCUUUACCUGUCUGUGUCUGAGGACUUCACCGGGCGCAGGGAGGAGCCAGGGCCAGGAGGGGAGUGUGGUGAUGAGGCGGGAAAUGAGAAGUGAAAGGGAAAAGCUGGCGACGUGGAAGAUCCCAGUCGCCAUCUCUCUUUGCAGGAUAGAAUCGAAUAAAAAAAAGGAAUUGCGGAGAAACGCUAAUGUUUAAACCUUGAGGCUAAUGAGAUAAAGGUAAUCUGGAGAAAGAGGACAUUUUAUAUAUAUUUUUAUUUACACAUAUAUAUAUAUAUCUUAGAUGCCGGUGACUCCGAUAUUUGGAUUUUGUUUAUCAUUCUUACAUGUAAGAAUAUCUCUGCUGUGUGAAAAAUUAUACUGGAAAGGGAAAUAAUCAAACUGACAAACUUUACUGUACAGUAUUUCGCUUUUGUUAUAAGUGUAUUGACACGCGCUAUCCAAGUACUCCAGAAGCCUAAGUUGAUAAAAGAAUUACGUAUCCUUUAAUCUUUUAUUAGACAUAGGCACAGGAAAGAGAGAGAGA